AUGACCUAUGAGAAGCAGGAGAGCCCGUUUGUAUCCUGGGAGCCAGUCCUGUACUAUUCAGGAGGGAUGGCGGAAAGCAACACAGGAGUAGCCCAUCGAAGCCAGAGCAGUGAAGGAGUCAGUUCUCUCAGCAGCUCGCCCUCUAAUAGCCUUGAAACACAAUCUCAGUCUCUCUCACGUUCUCAGAGCAUGGAUAUCGAUAGCGUCUCUUGUGAAAAAAGCAUGUCCCAGGUGGAUGUGGAUUCCGGAAUUGAAAAUAUGGAGGUUGAUGAAAAUGAUCGAAGAGAAAAAAGGAGCCUCAGUGAUAAGGAACCUUCCUCAGGCCCUGAAGUGUCUGAAGAGCAGGCCUUACAGCUGGUCUGUAAAAUCUUCCGUGUCUCUUGGAAGGACCGAGACAGAGAUGUCAUCUUUCUUUCUUCUCUUUCUGCACAGUUUAAGCAGAACCCAAAAGAAGUGUUCUCUGAUUUUAAGGACUUGGUUGGCCAGAUAUUAAUGGAAGUGCUAAUGAUGUCCACUCAGACUAGAGAUGAAAACCCAUUUGCCAGUCUGACAGCCACAUCACAGCCAAUUGCAGCAGCAGCUCGGUCACCAGACAGAAAUCUCAUACUCAACACUGGCUCCAAUCCAGGAACAAGCCCCAUGUUCUGCAGUGUGGGUUCCUUUGGUGCCAGCUCUUUGUCUAGCCUCUAUGAAACUAGUCCUGCUCCGACCACCAGUUUCUGGAGCUCUGUCCCCAUGAUGAGCCCGUCUUUUGCCUCACCCUCCCGUGCAGCCAGCCAGAUGGCUGUGCCUUCCUCUUUCCUCAGUCCUCAGAGUGCAGCUUCUGGAACUGCUGCAGGAAGCCAGCCCUCGUCCCCGCGGUAUCGUCCCUAUACUCUCACUCACCCGUGGGGGUCCUCACCUUCUCCCACCCCACGGUCCUCAGGCAUCUCUGUUCUGUCCAGCUCCCCAAGCCUCCCUGCCCCCACCAGUAGCCCCCAAGCGGUGCCUGCCAGCAGUUCCAGACAGAGGCCCACCAACAUGGGGCCACCUUUCCCGCCCGCCUCACCCAGUGCCGUGAGCAGACGUCCCUCCUCCCUGAGGAUCUCUCCUAGUAUGUACGACAAUCCCUUCUCCUUCCUCUUCCUCGCACUUUCUGGGGACAGUAGUGAUGAAGAAGAUGAAGAAGAUGAUGAUGAUGAUGGUGAUGGUGAUGAUGAAGGUGGUGGUGGUGGUGAUGAUUUUUCUUGUGUCCAGUUUGGGUCCAGUUUGGGAGCCUCUGGCGGAGCAAGUAACUGGGAUUCUUACAGUGACCAUUUUACCAUUGAAACGUGCAAGGAGACAGAUAUGCUGAACUACCUCAUCGAGUGUUUUGACCGAGUUGGAAUAGAGGAGAAAAAAGCACCAAAGAUGUGCAGCCAGCCGGCAGUCAGCCAGCUUCUGAGCAACAUCCGCUCUCAGUGCAUAUCCCAUACUGCAUUAGUACUACAAGGCUCCCUAACGCAGCCGAGGUCCAUGCAGCAGCCGUCCUUCCUAGUGCCGUAUAUGCUGUGUAGGAAUCUCCCAUAUGGCUUCAUUCAAGAACUGGUGAGAACUACUCACCAGGAUGAAGAAGUGUUCAAGCAGAUCUUUAUCCCCAUUUUACAAGGCCUGGCUCUUGCUGCCAAAGAGUGCUCCCUUGAUAGUGACUACUUCAAAUACCCCCUCAUGGCACUGGGUGAGCUCUGUGAAACCAAGUUUGGGAAGACACACCCUGUAUGCAAUUUGGUUGCUUCUUUGCCAUUGUGGUUGCCGAAAUCCUUAAGCCCUGGCUCUGGGCGGGAGCUACAGAGACUCUCUUACUUGGGAGCUUUCUUUAGCUUCUCAGUCUUUGCAGAAGAUGAUGCUAAAGUGGUCGAAAAAUAUUUUUCAGGGCCUGCCAUUACCCUGGAAAACACUCGUGUUGUUAGCCAGUCACUACAGCAUUACUUAGAGCUUGGAAGGCAAGAGCUCUUUAAGAUUCUACAUAGUAUUUUGUUAAAUGGUGAAACCCGUGAGGCUGCUCUUGGCUACAUGGCAGCUGUCGUCAAUGCCAACGUGAAGAAAGCUCAGAUGCAGACAGAUGAUAGAUUGGUAUCUACAGAUGGAUUUAUGCUGAAUUUCCUUUGGGUACUACAGCAGUUAAGUACAAAAAUCAAGCUAGAAACGGUUGAUCCCACGUAUAUAUUUCACCCAAGAUGUCGGAUCACUCUUCCAAAUGAUGAGACGCGCGUGAAUGCGACGAUGGAGGAUGUGAACGACUGGCUGACUGAACUCUAUGGAGAUCAGCCUCCAUUUUCUGAGCCAAAAUUCCCUACGGAAUGCUUCUUUCUCACCCUGCACGCUCACCACCUCUCUAUUCUGCCUAGUUGCCGUCGCUAUAUCCGCAGACUCCGGGCCAUCCGGGAGCUUAAUAGAACUGUAGAAGAUUUGAAAAAUAAUGAAAGCCAAUGGAAAGAUUCCCCACUGGCAACUAGACACCGCGAGAUGCUGAAGCGCUGUAAAACUCAGCUUAAGAAACUGGUACGGUGCAAGGCCUGUGCUGACGCCGGCUUGCUUGACGAGAGCUUCCUGCGAAGAUGUCUGAAUUUUUAUGGCCUUCUCAUUCAGCUGUUACUCCGCAUCCUGGACCCCGCAUAUCCCGAUGUAACACUGCCUUUAAAUUCAGAUGUUCCCAAGGUAUUUGCAGCGUUGCCUGAGUUUUAUGUAGAAGAUGUUGCUGAAUUUUUAUUUUUUAUUGUACAAUACUCUCCUCAGGUGCUUUACGAGCCCUGUACUCAGGAUAUUGUGAUGUUCCUUGUUGUGAUGUUGUGCAACCAGAACUACAUCCGCAAUCCGUAUCUGGUGGCCAAACUGGUAGAAGUCAUGUUUAUGACCAACCCCGCUGUUCAGCCACGAACCCAGAAGUUUUUUGAAAUGAUUGAGAAUCAUCCUCUUGCCACCAAACUGUUGGUACCUUCGCUGAUGAAGUUUUAUACAGUCUGGGUAGAGGCUCAUUUUCUUUGGGAUGUGCAGUUAGUGGCAUUUUGCUUCAGGGAGAUAUGUGACCAUGUACGAUACAAUUGUUUUUUCAGUUCUGGGAAGCAGUUUGUUCGCUAUAUAAACAUGCUGAUAAAUGACACGACAUUUUUGCUCGACGAAAGUUUGGAGUCUCUGAAGCGGAUCCAUGAAGUGCAAGAAGAGAUGAAGAACAAAGAACAGUGGGACCAGCUGCCCCGGGAUCAGCAGCAGGCCCGCCAGUCCCAGCUUGCCCAGGACGAGCGUGUCUCCCGCUCUUAUCUGGCCCUGGCAACAGAAACCGUGGACAUGUUCCACAUCCUCACCAAGCAGGUCCAGAAGCCGUUCCUCAGGCCCGAACUUGGACCCCGAUUGGCUGCAAUGCUGAACUUUAAUCUUCAGCAACUCUGUGGCCCCAAGUGCCGUGACCUGAAAGUUGAAAACCCUGAGAAAUACGGCUUUGAACCAAAGAAGCUGUUGGACCAACUGACGGAUAUUUACUUGCAGCUGGACUGUGCUCGGUUUGCUAAAGCCAUUGCUGACGACCAGAGAUCCUACAGCAAGGAAUUGUUCGAAGAAGUUAUUUCAAAGAUGCGGAAGGCAGGGAUCAAGUCCACCAUAGCGAUAGAAAAGUUUAAACUUCUCGCCGAGAAGGUAGAGGAGAUAGUGGCGAAGAACGCACGCGCGGAAAUCGACUACAGCGACGCUCCGGAUGAGUUCAGAGACCCUCUGAUGGACACCCUGAUGACUGACCCGGUGCGGCUGCCCUCCGGGACCAUCAUGGACCGCUCCAUCAUUCUGCGCCACUUGCUCAACUCCCCCACGGACCCCUUCAACCGACAGACGCUGACGGAGAGCAUGCUGGAACCAGUGCCAGAACUAAAGGAACAAAUUCAGGCAUGGAUGAGAGAGAAACAGAACAGCGAUCAUUAAGCCGUCGCUUCGCCCACCCUCUGCUAGAAGCAGCCAGGGCCGGCGAGGCGCAGCAGCAGCAGCAGCGCUGAAGCCGCUGUGCAGAUGUUGGAGCCAAAUGUGGCAAAGUACCCCAGAGCCCACCCGAGUGACCAAACGCUAGAGAGCCGAAAGGACGCGAUGAGAAGAGGAGCCCGAUUCCUGUACAUAUAUUUAAGUGACAAACAUGGUCAAAAGCUUGAGGGACAAGCUUUAUGGUUGCUUGUGUAAUAAAGCACGUCCUUCAUCUGUCACCAUUUGGGGCUUUUGCAGCAGAAAUCUUUUAGUGACGGCCAGUGGGUCUGGGCAGCAUCCCUUCAUCUUUUUUUUUUUUUUAAUCCAGUAUCCGUUGAUUUGGUUGUGAUUAGAGAACUUUGGACAUUUUGCUGCUAAAGAAUCUUUCCCCUGUCUCCCUUCCUGACCCUACUUGCACUGCUGUGGAUUUUUUUAAAGAGAAGCAAAAACAAAAAUAAACUCUUUUCCCCAGCCCUCCAAACAUAUAUUCUGUGAGAUAACUGUGCCUGCUACAAAGUGUUAAUCCUGGGAUCGUAUUUUUAUAUCAUAUUCACAUAUUUGUUUUUUUAAUUGGUGUUAGAUGACAUAAUUAAUAAAAAAGGCAAGAUAUUUUCAGAAUUUGAAUUUCAGUUUUUUUUUUUCUUUUGAAAUGUCCCUUUUAAAUUUUUUUAUUCUAAACAAAGUGAAUGAAGCGAAUCCUGUUGCUCUGGUCCUUAUCAUAAGCCCUCUGUUAGGAAUCCAAGGGACAGGUGCAGCGAAGGAGGGGUUUAGGUGUAUCAGGACUGACAUGACUUAGGGUUUUUUGGGGAGAGAUGAGGGUUCGUGUUUUUAAUGCUAUGUGACAGUUUGAAACCUUUACAGUUAUCACAUAAGGGUAAAUAAAUUUCUCCACCCUUGAGUGUGUGAGUUUGAGGCAGGGUCAUUUGUACAAUGUGUCCUUUGGGGUUUGGCCUUACCAAAGCAAAAGGGUGCGAGCAACGUGGAAGUACGUCUGCUUGUUUAAACACACACAGACAGACACAGCCACACACGCACACACAAGCAUAAGACUUUUUGUAUUACUGCUCCCUACUUAACAUACUUGAAUUCUUGAAUUUCCCUUGGGGUAAAAAAGGAUUUGAAACCAUAAAGUGUUUUGAAGAAAUUAAGUCUACAAAAACAUUCUUUUUUCUUUUCCUUUUUUUCCCCCCUCCACAGACAAUGUCCUCUGUUCCAUCCCUAACGCAAACUACAAUAAAUGGUGAUACACAUUCAGAAG